UGCGCGCGCAGGACCGGUGAGGCGGGAGCCCCGAAUGUGGUUCUCGCUUGCUGCGUGGCGGUAAAGGACCGCAGGUGUCGUAAAAGGGCCGCAGUGGCAGCGCCCUGGCCGACGGCUAGUAACCCAUUUUGGAUACCGUCCUCGCUGUGGAAAGUUGGGGCAACCUGUUGCUAGUCUGGUCGUUGGUGACAGCGAGGCUUCCGCACUCGCUGCUGGUGAGCAGCCCCGGCGUGCCCCGCGGGCUGGAAGAGGCGGCGGCGUGAUGCGGCCCGUGGACGCGGACGAGGCGCGGGAGCCCCUCGAGGACCCGGGCAGCCCGCUGAGCCCCGCGCCCCGCGCCGUCCGCGAGAACCUGGCCUCCCUGGAGCGCGAGCGCGCCCGGGCGCACUGGCGGGCCCGCAGGAAGCUGCUGGAGAUCCAGAGCCUGCUCGACGCCAUCAAGAGCGAGGUGGAGGCAGAGGAGCGGGGUGCCCGGGCCCCAGCACCCAGCCCGCGUGCGGAGGCUGAGGAGCGGGUGGCUCGGCUGUGCGCCGAGGCAGAGAGGAAGGCCGCGGAGGCGGCGCGGAUGGGCAGGCGGAUCGUGGAGCUGCACCAGCGGAUCGCCGGCUGCGAGUGCUGCUGAGCCGGCGGGGCCGCGCGGGUCUGGAGCGGAGCGCGGCGGGGAGUGUCCCGCGUGGAAGGCGCUGGGUGGCCAACUGACGAACUGUGUUCACCUGAUAAGGAGUCCUGGCUGCUUGGACAGGCUCAAACCAAGAGAGCCUUUCGUUUUGUCUCCCCUGUUUUUCUGCCUGCGUUUUCUCCACAUUAGCCACUCAAUUUCCAGUACCAUCCUGGCGGAUGACUUCAGCAUUAGAUGGUCAGGUGUGUUUUUUUAUUAAUAGGCGCAUUCAGUUUGGAAAAGACAGCUUUUCAUUAAUGUCCCACGUAAAGGAAUAUGGUCUAUACAGUACGUACGCUGCUGCGUGGUCAUAUUUGUUCCUGUGAUCUGAUUGUAUUUUCAAAGUUUGGAAGUAUACUCGUGUGCUUUGCUUUUUUUUAUGCUUCCUGGAAUUUGGGGACUCAUGAGAGACUUGAGGUUAGAGUUCUGCAAGUGAGAAGAUACUCCAUGGUUGCAGCUGCCACAUGAAGAACCCAAGCCCCUGUCAAAGUUGUGAAUGAGACUUUGGAUGAGAUUAAGAAGGCCCAGUGGACGGUUGGUCUUGAAGAGUGGCAGUGUGUGGAUUUGAGGACCUCUGCAGACCAUCAGAUCAAAGGAGGGAGAGCUGUUUUGGGUGUUUUGUUUUUUUUGUUUUUAUAGCAUUUUGCUUUUUCCUGGAAUGUAAUUUUCCUAUGGCAUGUUAACUGGUGCACAUCGUGUAACCUGUCUGGUGAGCAACCUACAAUUGGGAUGAGUUCUAGGUACAUGUGUUUGCUGACUUUGGGGUAAACAACUUUGUUAUAAUACAGUCUCUGCCGCAGAUGCAUGUGACCUCUUCAGGGGCCCAGAGUGGCUGAGGAAGGAAAGCUUCAAGCUGGCUAUGGGGGUCCCAAACAGUCAUUCCAGGCUUUGAUGAUGACUAGCCUAGGUCAUCAGAGCCCAGACUCCACAGAGACUAAAAUCAGAGCUCUGUCUUGUUAUGAUAAAGUUCAUUUGCUUGGAAAAACAAAUGCUGAAAGCUAGUUUUUAGAAUCUUUGUGCAGAUGACCAAAGCAAUUGACUUGGCCAAGAAAAGGUAAGAUAAAUAAACAUUUUUCAAAAUGA